UAUCCUAUAGGAGGGAUACACCACCCGUUGUACCCAGCAGGAGUGUUACUAUAGCCACUGAUAUCCUACAGCAGGAGGUACCCACAUAUCAUCCUAUAGGAGGGAUACACCACCCAUUAUACCCAGCAGGAGUACUGGCACCCAGCAGGAGAAACCAUUGUGACAGGAGGGACCCAGCACCCACUGGAACUGGCACCUCACUGCACCCAUCACAUCUGACGGCAGGGUGCACACAAUAUUCUGCCAACAUGAUGGAAGAAAUAGAUCGGUUCCAGGUGCCCACAGUGCACUCAGAGAUGCAGCCCCUGGACCCAGCGGCAGCUGCCAUUGCUGAUGGAGACUGUGACACGAGGGAGGGAGAGACCGUGGCAAUGAACUAUAAGCCUCCUCCGCUGCAAGCAAAGUUAGAGAAGCAGCGAGAAAUGGCCAGGAAAGGAUCCCUAAAGAACGCAAAUGUAGGCAGCCCUGUUAACCAACAGCCCAAGAAGAAUAACGUCAUGGCAAGAACAAGACUGGUUGUCCCAAACAAAGGCUACUCCUCUCUAGAUCAGAGUCCAGAUGAAAAGCCUCUGGUGGCCCUGGACACAGACAGUGAUGAUGACUUCGAUAUGUCCAGGUACUCGUCAUCAGGAUACUCUUCAGCUGAGAUUAACCAAGACUUGAACAUCCAGCUGUUAAAGGAUGGUUACCGAUUAGAUGAAAUUCCAGAUGAUGAAGACCUGGACCUGAUACCCCCGAAAUCCGUAAAUCCCACAUGCAUGUGCUGCCAAGCCACCUCCUCCACCGCCUGCCAUAUCCAGUAAUGAAAGAGGGGCCAUUGAUUUGUGCUUUCCACGAUAACUGUAAAUCUUAACAGCCAUUGCUUCCUCCUAUGGUAGGACAUGCACCUAUUUGUGUUCAUGGAGCCAGGAGAAACCAAAAAAAAAUCCAUUCUUUCUUAAUUUAAAGCUCUAGUUUUAUUUAUUUUCUAUGGAAAGGGAAUGGAUGAGCUCAGAGGAGCAUGGGCUAAUCUUUGGUUUAUGACAGGAGAUUGGGUAAGUCUGACUGUAUCAGAACUUUGUGACAGCUGCUUUUUUGGGGGACAUAACUGCAACUUGUUAGUGGUUGUCAGAGCUCUCUGGUAAAUGUUAGAUGGAUAGGCCACCAUGUGAUAUGGUCCUUCUGUUGGAUGAAUGUUCCUUGACAACCGUACAGAGAAUCAGGCUUUCUUGGUUUUGUCCCUUUACUUAUGCGGACAAUGACAUGUUGGGAACAAUCUCUUGGUAUACAUGGCACAUAAGCUGACAGUAGUCUGUGAUUAUUAUAGGUGACCAAAUAAUGGUUGUCACCAUAAAUUUCAUUAAAUCAUGUCACUAGGCACAUACUCUUAUAUUGUUUUCUUCACCUUUGUAGUUAAUUAAUCAGAUCAGUGUUUUUAUCUCCAACAUUAAACGUGAUACUAAAGUUACAUUUGACUCAGCACAUUUUAGCACUAGCACAAGUUAAAGCAGUUUAUUUUGGGUUUGAAACUAACAAGAUGUGCAUGUUUGUUUGGGCACAACUGGUCUGUGGAAUAAAAGCUCACUGGCCGAUAGAGAACAUCUUCUCUAUUGGUGGAGAAACAUGCCCAACAAACAAAGCAUAAGAACCAAAAGUGUUUUUUAGAACAGGAACAUUGAUUUAAAAAAAUAAUAAUAAUAAUAAUUUCCCUUUAAGAAAUCUCUGUAACUGCAAAAUUUGCUCAUAAAUGACCAUAUCUGUCUUUUGGAUGGUUUAGCUUCAUUUAGCAGACAGGAUGGUGAGGGUCACCCUAUCCUAGUGUCUGCAUGGCUUAUAGAACAUGCGUGUUGUUAUUGUGCUCCUUACUAACAAUUGUCAUGUGCAUUGCAGACCUUCUUCACUUCUCACCUAAAUCCAAUUCUCAUGAACUAUAAAACUUGAAUGGGGCUGUGCUUUACUUGCUUGCAGUGAUAAAGAUUCUCCCAUAAGGCUCUUCUUGUGGGCAAAAGAUCUUUGGUGCCAAUGAAAUGCCCAGCUAGAGACACAGCUAAGCAAUGACCAUCCCAUGCCGAUCAUGUUGUCUCUGCAAAUUAAACAGGGCACAACCACAGGUAUAUGGUACAGGGUAGGUUUUGGUUUCUUCUGUCUCCAUGGUUAGUGUCCAUAUUUAAUGAAUAAAUAUAAACAGCAGAAAUCAGAACCGUGAAUGUAUAUCUGCUAGACGAAUAACCAAUAUGCUAUCGUCAUUCACUUUCACUUUAGACUGUAUUAAAUAACCAGUAAAGCUGACUGUAUUUGGGAAGGCUGAACCUGCGGCCAAUGGUCGAGAUGUAACUCUUCCUGCACCUCUGGAUGAUGGGUUUAUCUUUUGUUCCUUGCAUGUUGAAUAUGUUGGUAGAUUAUCAGUGAGUGCAGAAAGUGAGAAGACGUAGAGAUGCAACAGCAAUGGGUUAAUGUUUCUCUAUACGUAUGAUACAGAUUCCAUUGCCUUGUAAAUGAUGUAACAUUGUACACAAACAGCACAUUUCCAUACAACAUAUAGCAUGUUACUGAACAUAACCAUCAACAGGCCUCAUGCUAUGUAAUGAUGAACGAGUCAUACCUAAUACAAUACUAGAGGUCUACAUUAUACAGCCAACUGCAAUGAGAGUGGUUUAGCCAUCAGUACACACAAGGCAUCUGCAGAGCUUGCCCAGCUCCUCACCGAGUUCUGCUCUUCAUGUGGAAGGUGUUUUAGAAUGAGGGAAUAUUGCCUGAAGGAACAAAUGCGAUCUCUAGCAGCCUAUAAAAAGCAGGAUAACACUUAAAGGGACACUCAAGGCAAAAUUAAACAUUCAUGAUUCAGAUACAGCAGCAAAUUUAAACAACUUUCCAAUUUGCUUCCAUUAACAAAAUGUGCACAGUCUUUUUAUAUUUCCACUUUUUGAGUCACCAGCUCCUACUGAGCAUGUGCAAGAAUUCACAGAAUAUAUGUAUAGGCAUUUGUGUUUGGCUGAUGUUGGUCACAUGAUACAGAAGAAGUGAAAAUAGACAUUACUUUAAAAUGUGUCAGAAAAAAAUCUACUGCUCAUUUGAGGAUCAGACUAAGUGCUAUUGCAUUGUCUUGUUAUCAUGCAUUUGUUGUUUAUGCAAGUUUACUGUAUUUACUGGUCCUUUAAUCAGUGUUUGCAUAAUACAAGAAUAGGAUUACUAUUCUGUGAAGUCACUUGGGUACAAAAUCUAAGGGAGAAGGUAACGGAUAAUCAGUUAGUUUGUAGCACACCAUACCCAAUACAGAGUUCCAUAUACCUAUGAGCUGAUCGCUAAUGAGAACGUUUUUAUCUGGAUUUUUUGUAUCUCAGAUAUUUUGGCAGCUGCUGAUUACUAAGCUGUAUUAUUUAUUUCAGCCCUUAAUGAGGCAUUAAAAUCUUAUCCUUUCCCCCGUCAAGGUAUUUUCAGAAGCUACAAGCAGCACAAUAAAUUAAAAUGAGAAGCCUCGCUCUAUCUGAAGAUGCCUUGCAUAUCUCACAAACCAGCUCUGUGUGUGUGUGUGAGACCCCGAAUAAUGGUGGCACAAAACCUUCCUUGUCACCAGAUGGCUCCCAGCCCCCAUGAGAUAUGAUCAGUCAGGUCUCUUUGUUUUUUUGUUUUUAUUUAGUUAUAAUUUUAAUGAUUUCUGCAACACGGUUUGUCCUAAUGAAAGCCGAAAUAUUCCCUCGGGCCCAAAACCAUCUGCUCAUCUUAAAUCUACAAAAUUAAAAUCUUUAUCUUGAAAGUAA